UCUGAGGAAGCUGACCAGGCUGCACUCCUCAUCUCCAGCCUCUCCUGUGCUUUUCUGUUUUUUCUUGUCAGCUGUCUCCUCUUCCGAUCCCUAAAUCAUCUGUACGAAACAGGACAAAGAAGAGGAAGACCCGUUUGUUUCACCGCUUCUCUCACCUAAACACUCAUGGUUUCCAUUGCUGCUUGGGCCUGCGAGAUUAUCUUCUUCGCCUCGCCUCCAAACAUCCCAGUUUUUUUUUUUUUUUUUUUUUUUUUUUAAGACCUUUGCUAUUUUCCGUUUUCGUCUCUUUCUGUGCCUCACUGUGGAGCUACAUUUUCAACCUUGCCACCCCUGGAGUCCUUGCAGAUGUCUGGAGCCUGGCGGUGAAGCGGGUGCUUGCCAGCAGCCCAGAUGCAUUUGCGACUCUUUGCCUUUGUGAUGUCCUUGGUAUGUGAGGUGAUCAGGAUGGGGUCCAGCGUCACUCAGAAGCAAAGUGCUCCCAGAGACACAUCAGAGGACUGUCGGAGCUGUCUGGAGUGUUCACAUGACAAUGGCUGCGUACGUUGCCCAGAGCGACUCUUCCUGUUUCUGCAGAGGGACGGGAUGUCCCAUCAUGGAACUUGUCUCCACGCCUGCCCUGCUGGACAUUAUGGACAGAGAGGAAGGGACAUCAACCACUGCAUGAAGUGCAACUCUUUGGACUGUGAGCAUUGUUUCAGCCGAGACUUCUGCACCAAAUGUAAGCCCGGCUUCAAGCUGUACAAGGGAAAGUGUCUGACCCGCUGUCCAGAGGGAACCUUUGUUCACCAGACAGACUGUCUUGGGGAAUGUCCCCUGGCUCCACUGGGAGAAUGGAGCGAGUGGAGCGUCUGCAUCCGUGAUGGUGCCACCUGUGGUUUUAGGUGGGGAAAGCAGACCAGGAUCCGAGAGGGCGGCCAGCCGUUGAAAACACCUGAAGAGAAAGCAGCUUUGCUCUGCCCGCCACACAGAGAGAUGCAGAGAUGCAGGAUGAAGAAAAAAUGUCCCACAGAAAGAAGACAGAAUAAAAAAGGAGGACGUGGAAGGAAGAAGGAGAGAAAACGACUACGGUUCCUGGCCAGCAACAGUUCUGGUAACUCAGCAAACAGAACAUCACCCAUCAGCAAAGGCCAUGAAGAUCCCUGAUGAUGAGACGGACGUACAUUCACACACCUAGCACAUGUUGGAAAACCAGCCAGUGGAUGUAAAAAAUGUGACUGAAUCAUUUUCCAUCAUGCAACCUGAACACAUACAUGAGAAGAUUUUAUGACUUGCUGUGAACCAACUGCAGAUGAUGUUAUUUUUUUUGUAUUCCCAGUACAGAGAAUGGUAAUGUUUAACAACUAUGACAUCUAGUAGGAGUACAUCAGACUCAGAGUGGGGAAAAGCCUGAGUGCGUUAUAAGCCAAGGAAAUGACAAUGUUCUGAUAUGUAACAUAACCACUGGUCAUCAUCACUAUUUUGCAGUGGAUUGUAGAUCAGUAAAGUUAAACACAAUUCAAAAGAUCUUUUAAAAAAGUAGUUUGUGACUUUUUGUUCUCACUCCAUUUAUGAUAUAAACUGUAUUUAGCUAUGCUGCAGUGAUGGUCAGAUGAAGCUUCUGGAUUGUGAAAAAAUGGUUAAUUUCUUGAGGCCUUAAAUGCUCAGUUGUGCAAUCAUCUGAUUAGCUUUAAAUGUUAAAAAACUAUAUAAAUCUAGCACAAAAAGUGAGGAAAUUUGUAUUUGGUGGUUUAUUUCUUUGUUCUAACGAUGCUUCUCGGAAA